CGUCAAAAUCAAAACGAGGCAUUCAAAACAAUCGCGGGAAGAAAGAGGAAAUAAAAGAUACAUUUUUAUAAACAACCUGCUAGAUCACAUCGUUAACACUUUUUAUUUUGGAAAUGCAUUUCCUUGAUUUGAAGCACACCUCUGUGCUGAUGUCGCUAGUAAUGUCGUGGUAAACAUCAGAGAUUGUCAUUCAGUAAAGCACACUCAAGUGUCGAAUGAGAUGACAUUUCCAAAAAUAAAAUACCAUGGCAUCACAAUCGAGUCCGUACUCAACAUAUUCUGGACAAUCGGUACCAGACACACAAGUUAACAGGAAUGAUCUUAAUGUAACAUCUGUCUCCCCAAGGCCCAGUGCCUGCCAGGUAACUGACAGUGAGUGCAUGAAUUCUGCCGAAGUAGACAGUGGGCAAAGUUAUCAAGGUCCACACAACUGGAGGAGGAGAUUAAAGCCCGUCAAAUCACCCAUUAAAUCAGACAGUGAUGAUGGAGGACACAAAGGUGAUGGUCAAGACAAUCCUGAUGAAAAACCCAAAAGUCGGCCGUUGCCUCCAUGGAAAAGAGAUUUGUUUGAGAAAAAUAAAAAGGUGGCAAGGCUGGUACGUCGUGAGAGCUCCGGUCGUAGAAAUCCCGUUGUUAGACGAAAUAGUUCUGGAAAAUCAAAGAAAAUGAGCGGCAGUGAGUCUCCUUCUGCACCGAGUCGCAAGAAGUCCUUUCGGGCCAGUGGAGGGGACAACGCAUUUACACACCAGAUUGUAAACGACAAUGUUGUGUUACGAAAAGGGAUUUCACCUGCUAAUUCAUUCAGGAACCUUGGAACUGUUCGGAGAACACCAUCGGACAAGGUAUUGGAUCCAAACGAUCCUGCUACCAAGAAACUUGUGGAGCGUGUGCGGAGAUCUCGACUGUAUCUACUGAGGCAGAUGGGUCCCAACUCCUUCCAAAUAGUGGGGGAUUCCCCCGACCACAAGUUCAAGGUCAUCAUAGGACCCCAGUCGUGUUCAUGUGGGAAGAGUCAACACUGUGUACAUGUGCUGUUUGUGAUGCUGAGAGUGUUCCAAGUGGCAGAGAGCGACCCAAACCUUUGGAGCAAAAAACUGAAGAACUAUGAGGUGGAGAGCCUGUUCCGUAUGUAUCACAGCAAGCGUUCCAUGAAGAUCCAGUCCAAGUCUCAGAGACGCUUGAGGAAGCGUUCCCCAGGCACCUCCCAGACCCCGUCCUCUGAGGAGACGCCUGUACCCUCGGAGAGCGAUGCUGGGAGUGUGAGAGAGGAGGAUGACACUUGUCCGAUCUGCCUGCUGGAGAUGCUGGAGGGAGAGAGUCUACUGAAUUGUCUCUCCUGUCAGAACAAGCUGCACCUCCACUGCAUCACCGUCUGGUUUGAAGAAUGCAGGAGGAUGAAGGAGCCCUUGAUAUGUCCCCUUUGUAGGGCACAUUGGAAACAGGCCAAUGUGGAACCAAUUGGGGAGGAGACAGUCACAGAACCCCCCAUGGCCCCACCUAACACCCGAGUGCCUUCCCCCACCCUGGAGUUGGAGCCCAUGAGGAUGCCGUAUGCAGAACCCAUCCCUAGUGAGUUUGCAGGCCUUGCAGCCCCGUGGAUAGAGGUCUUUGGAGAAGACUUGGCGACUUGCAUGUUUUCCCGUAACUGGUCAAUACGAGAGACAGGUCUGAAGCACCUUGCGUCAGAAAUGUCUCGUGAUCUCAUGUCCAUCUCUCGGGGAAAUAGUACGGGAAACUCCAUGAGUAACGUGGAGACACUAUGGAAACUGCUGGAGUACUGCUUCAAAGUUGUCGCCCACCUCUGCAAUGAUCCUGUGUACAGAGUUUUUGUCGGAUGUUUGAAAGUGGUUUAUACAGUGUUUGGGCUGGUUCCAUUACGUGACGUGCAGCAGAAGUACAAAUUGCAGUUGCUAUUCAAACCAGUCAUUGAGGCCAUUAUUGUCAAAUGUACCGAUGGAAACAAGCGAACAGGUGAACUGUCCAUCUCCACGAUGCUGGAAAUAGCCAAAGGACAAAAUGGGGAGCUUGCACUUGGAAGAAACACUCCUAAUCCAGGUCAGCACGGCCUUGGAGGUAUGUCUUAUCUUGUCAGCUGCCUCACAGAAAAGUAUGAUCCUUGUCAGAUUCCGUGGCCCUGGUUGCUAGGCAGACUCUAUAUCAUAGAGCGUCUGGUCACCGAAUUCUCCACGGAGUUUCUGCCCCGCCAACAGCCGGAUGGUGCGAGCUCAGAAAGCUCCAUAGAACUCAUCGGUGCAACUUCAAAUUCCGAGGAAGAUGAGAAACCUCAAAAUUAUGAUCGCCUUUUCAUCGUGGCGGAGUUUGCAAUACAGGCAGUGUCCAAUCAGCAUGCUCGAAUAAGUCGGGUUGCGAAACGGGUGUUCCUGUUGGCAGCCAGGUAUGCUGCUCAUUUGGAGAAUCUUAUCAAUGAAUUUAAUAAUUUGCUCAACAACCUUGAUUUUUCCCAUAAAAAAUCACUGAAACGUCAAUUGGAGAAAAUAGUGUCUGAUUUUCGUCUCUCUGAGCAACUUGGACGUCACUUGCACAGUUUUGUCAAUGAGGAAUCCCCUGAGGAGACACCUUUGUCUUCCCCAAAGUGUACCUCCCCGAUCACGGUUACCCCUGACAACCAAAGUGAAAUUGGUAAAAACGCUCUCACAAACUUUGAGCCUAUUGUACCUCCAAAUACACCCAUCAGACACAUAGACCAGCAGUCAAAUGAAAAUGAACGUGCGGACAAGAUCGGUGAACAGAAAGAUGGGGUGUACGCAAGUAACACACUUCAACGUAAAAGUUCCUACUACAGGAAAUUAAAAAUGUCCAAGAGUUUGGAUGACUUGGACAGUAUUGAAAAAACGAUGAAGUCAAACUCAAGGAGAAGAAAAUCAAAGUCCCCUCUUGGGACUUUGACAAAAUCCAACAAAUCAAGGUCAAGAUCUAGGACACCCAAUAGAAUUGGACCAGUUCUUGAAACAGAUUUAGAUGAAGUUAUUAAACAGGAAGAAGCUCGCAAAAGACGCAAUUCAGGCAGCAGAAGAACGUCGAUUGAAGAUGACGAUGAUGACUGUGAUGAUGACAUUGCAUCCAUAUUAAGUCCGUCCUCCAUAUUUUCAUCCUCAGAAUCUUACCAUCCAAUCCGGUCAAGGUUGUUAUCCCAUGACCUUGAAACUGACAUUGACUCAGUCGAGCCAGACAUUGACAUGCUCAUCAGGAACACAAGGCGAUCUUGUGAUGACCUACUCAAGGCCACAGAAGAUUAUUGCGAUGCUCAGUUUGAUACACCGCACGUGAAACUGCCCAAGCUUCCCAAAUCCCUGUCCCUUGACCUCGAUGGUGCAAAAAGAUUUCAGAAAAAUAAACGCUCAAUUUCCCCGUGUGCUCAUGCCUUUGAGGUGGAAAGACUUUCAGUGCUUAGAGACUCCACAGAAAUGGAAUCUGCUACAAAGAAUUCCCACAAAUCACAAACUCCUGUUACUUGCUCAGUAAAGAAAUCCACAUCUACCACCAAGACAGAUCCUAGUUACAAUGGCGUAGAGAAAUCGGAUUCUAAAAUUCGAUCCAGAGGCUGCACCAAUAGUUCACGUAGGUCGUCCACUCAAGACAGAAGGAGAUCCAGUGCGAGUGCUGGUGUUUCAGACACGUUAGACGAUUGUCCAGACUACAUGGCUCAGACCCCCUGCACUGACGCAGACAAACCUGUAACAUUUCAAACAGAGGUUGCAAUGGUGUCGACCAAGCGUUCGCAUAGUCAGGCUCUGGAGAAUGAUGGCGAUGACUACCCCUGCAAGGAGGAGGUGGAGAAGGAGGAGGCCUUGGCAUUGGCCCGGGCCAUGGAAGUGUCCUCACAUGACCCCCCGACCCCCGUGGUGCCUGGCCUCACUCCCCUGGACCAGGAGCAGGUCAUUACCAUCAGGAUACAGCCAGAGGAAUGUGACGGUAUGGACAGCAAUGGGAAUCCCCCUAUGUUGUAUUUUGAGAAUGUUCACUGGGUGAAGGGCCGCCAGCUGGGCUCUGGGGCGUUCAGCACCUGCUAUCAGUCUAGGGACGUGAAAACUGGCACCAUAAUGGCACUCAAACAGAUCUCAUUUUGCCGCAACUAUAAGUCAGAGCAAGACAAGGUGAUAGAGACUAUAACAGAGGAGAUCCACAUGAUGUCCAAACUCAGUCACCCAAACAUUGUGAGGUUGCUAGGGGCAACCAGGCAGGGCUGUCACUUCAACAUGUUUGUAGAAUGGAUGCCAGGUGGUUCAGUGGCCAGUCUCCUGGCAACGUACGGCCGUUUCUCUGAGGAGGUGAUGAUCAGUUACAUGCUGCAGGUGCUCAGGGGCAUAGCCUUCCUGCAUGACAAGCAGGUGUUGCACCGAGACCUGAAAGGUGCCAAUCUUCUAGUGGACAGCACUGGUCAGCGAGUAAGAAUCGGAGACUUCGGCUCAGCGGCCAAGCUGGCAUCCCGUGCAACGGGGGCAGGAGAAUUCAUGGGCCAGUUGCUAGGGACCAUCGCAUUCAUGGCACCAGAGGUGUUGAGGGGUGAGAAUUACGGGCGGGCGUGUGAUGUAUGGAGUGCAGGCUGCUGCCUUAUUGAGAUGGCCACUACCAAGCCUCCCUGGAACGCCCACGACAUAUCUAAUCACCUGGCACUCAUAUUCAAGAUAGCAAAAUCUCAGUCCUCUCCCCCGAUACCUGAGAACCUGUCGCCACCUCUCCGAGAUCUCGUGCUGCGAUGUCUGGAACCAAUCCAAGACCAGCGGCAGUCUGCCAAGGAACUCCUCAUCCAUCCACUGUUCACUCAGUACAUGCAGCGGAAAUCUUGAGCAUACCACAACUGUCUCGUUAAUGCCUUCAACCUAACAACCAGGGGAUCCUAGUUUCAAUCCCCACAGAGGGAUGCUCUGUUUUAAAGAUCUUUUUUGAAGAUACUCAAUUAUAGGAAAUAGAAUCUAAGAUGUCUCUGUAAAGUUUUAAAGCAAAAUAAACCUUGUCUUAUUCACACUGUACAUGCUUGACAUUCUAAGGCUUAUUCACAUGUUUGAGUUUAAAAACUCUUCAACCAAUCAGAGAUAGGCACAGUAAAUGCAGUAGGGUUGUUCAAAUUGUACUAGACAACAGAAUGCAUUGUACCGCCCUAGGCAUGUUCACAUUUAAAAGAGGGAAACCCCACAGCUGGAACAAAACCAGAUUCUAUAUAAAAUUAUUGCAUAAAAAAUAAUUUGAAUGAAUCAUUAAGAAGAACAUUAUUUUGUAUGCGCGGGUUUCCUACUAUGAUAUGAAAACAUGCUUAAAACAUAAUACUGCUCCAGUAUGUAUGUUUGUUGCUGUAAUGUUUUAAGAUUCAAUAUAAGAAGUUUAUUAUGAAUAAUUUUUAGCUCACCUGAUAACAAUGUGCUCAUGGUAGCUUUUUUUAUCGCCUUUUGUCCGUAGUGCAUUGUGCGGUGUUAACAUUUGCCUUGUUAACACUAGAGGCCACUUUAAUUGUCCAAUCUCCAUGAAAUUUGGUCAGAAGAUUUGUUCCAAUUAUAUCUUGGAUGGGUUCAAAAAUGGUUCCGGUUGGUUGAAAAACAUGGUCACCAGAAAGUGGGUCAUUUUUUCUUAUAUGGCUAUAGUAAAACCUUGUUAACACUAAAUAAGUUACAUUUAUAGUCCAAUCUUCAUGAUUCUUGAUCAGAAUGUUUGUUUUAGCGAUAUCUUGGAUGAGUUCCAAAAUAGUUCUGGUCUGUUUAAAAGCAUGGCUGCCAGGGGGCUGGGACUUUAUCCUUAUAUGACUAAGGUAAACCCUUGUUACCACUCUAAAAGUUACGUUAUGUGCACUCUUCAUGAACUUUGGUCGGAACAUUUGUUCUAAUGAUAUCUUGGACUGCACAGAACAGGUCAGUGCCUUUGUAUCUCAGGUGAGCGAAUUUGAGCCUUUAAGGCCCUCUUGUUCUCAAUUUUGACACAAAAAAACAGCACUUUACAGAGUUUACUCAUAUUGAUGUAUAUUGAAAUUUAUCUGUUUACAAUCAAAAUAAAAUUCAAUCAAAUAUUCCUUCACAUUGUUUCAUCAGUAACUGAAGUUUUAAAUCUCAGGAUUUGAUGCUAUACAAAUAUUGUCAUGGGCUUAUGUCAGUUUUAAAGUGCAGGUUGUUGUCAUGGUUUACAUAUUCAUAUUUUUAAUGUUUUAUGUUUAAAAUAUUGUAUGUUUUUAAAUGUCAUUGGGUGCAAUUUCAUUUCCAAUCAUGCAUGUGUAUUAAUAUGUAUUCAAAAAUAUCAUUUCUAUAUAUGUAAUUUCUUGUGUCUACAUUCCACAACAGCAUUGAUGACUUACAUGUACUUUGUCAUAAUUGAAGUUGGCAUUUGCAUGGUAAGUUUAUUUAUGCUAGUUCCAUUUUAAUUUAAUUAUUUUUAUGAAAUAGUUUAAGAACAUUACCUGACGAUGCAUAAAUCAGUUUUGGCAUGACCAAAUAUAUUUUUGUACAUGUACUUUUGAUAUAUCAGUAUACACAAUGGCCUUGUUGCUUGAUGUUAUAUCUUUGUCCAAUCCAUGAAAUAUAGUUUAUAAUGUUUUUUAGCAUCCUAUUUAUGUAUUGGUAUAUUAUGAUCUUGUUCUUUGUAUAAGUCAUUUUUAGACAUGACUGUUUGCAUGUAUAGUCGUCAUGGAUAGAUGCCAAUGUGUUGUUGUAAUUUUGUUGUUCCUCCUAAAAGGCUGCUAUUUGCACAACUUGUAACUGGUGAUGAGGAUAUACUGUUUAAUCAAAACUCCACAAAAAGGCGAAUGGAGGAACUAAGAAUAUUAAACAAUUUAUGAAUGUAAGUGCAAUAGUUCUCUUAUAUGAGUCAUAAUCUAUAGAGCUUCUACUGAAAGUAAUAUCUCAAGUCAUAUUCAGGUAUAACACUUUCAGAAAAGAUAAUCUUGUGAAGGCGCUAUUAAUAUUUGAAAUCUGGUUAACAAAUACGAAGAUUCGUUUUACUCAACUAGAAUAAAGGCAGAAGGAGGUUUGAAUGUACGACCACUGGUGUUUAAGCUUCCGAUAUUUUUUUCCUGAUUACUUGCCAAAAUGUUUGAUGAAAAGGGCAUGUAAAUUUCCCAUAUUAAAACAAGUUUUGAUAUAUGUUUAUGUUGUGAUGGUUUUUAUUACUUCUGUAUGAUUUGUGGACAGAAAGUAUUCCUGUGUAAAGAAAUCCUUUAGUUAGUUUCAUUUCUGAUAUAUGUGAUUUCAAGAUUUUUCACAGUUGUUUGUUCAGGCCGAAUUUGUUUGAAGCAAACAACUAUCAAUCUAUAAAUGAAUGACCACUGUUUUCCAUUGGAUUCAUGCAAUGUUUGUCUGCAUUGAAAUCAUUGGUUGCUACUUAAUAACCUUUUUACAUUUCAUGUGUAUACAAACUAUGUAUCAUUUCCUACAGAAGUGUACAUCUUGUAAUCCAUAAAUUCAUGUGUGCCAAAUGUUUGUCUGUUUUACAUUUUAUGCCAAAGAAUUGUAUUUAUCCUGUCACAUGCCUUUAAAUCAGCCCGAUAACCAGGUAAUCUAAUAUCCCAAAAGAUAUUAGGUUAGAUCACUAUGUGACCUCGAAUAUCCGUCAGUUGCUGUCUGCGCAUGCGCACGCCUGUACUAUUUUCUAUUUAUAAAAUAUACUUGUUUUCAAUUAAAAAAAUUACAACAUACGUGUAAAGUACUGUUUGUUUUAAAAAUUAUUAUUUUAACAGCAUUAUUUCGUCUUUGUGUAUUGAAUUAAUAACAAUUGACUCGAUUUCUGUGUUGUUUAACAAGACGGAAGCUAGCCUUAGCGUUUUGCAUGACGUGACGUCACAAUGUUUUUGCUGCGGCGUGUUUUUUCCCAUAUAAAAUAUUUAAACACAAAAUACUGGAAAACUAUAUAUUUUAUAAACAUUUUAACGAAUGUUGUAAAUGUGACAGGAUAAAUAGAAUGAUUGGUUGGUGACGUGGAUGGAGAAUUGUUAUCUGGCUCGUCGGAGGAUAACUUCCUCCGACUUGCCAGAUAACCAUUCUCCAUCCACGUCACCAACCUAUUAUUCUCUAUGUAAUGAUUCAGAUAUUGUUAAGUAUGCAUAAUCAUAUUUUUAAGUUUGCAUAAUUGUUCACACAGUUCUUUUAAUGAAAAUUUCUUUGAUAUUGAAGUAGUGCAUGUGAAGCUGUUGUUUUUUUUAUGCCCCUGGUAGGGUGGCAUAUAGCAGUUGAACUGUCCGUCAGUCGGUCAGUCUGUCUGUCUGAAAACUUUAAUAUUGCCCAUAAUUUUUGCAAUAUUGGAGAUAGCAAUUUGAUAUUUGGCAUGCAUGUGUAUCUCAUGGAGCUGCAGAUUUUGAGUGGUGAAAGGUCAAGGUCAACCUUCAAGGUCAAAUAAAUGGCUUCAAAGCGGCGGCAUUGUGUUUCUGACAAACACAUCUCUUGUUCAAGUUUGGUUUAAGUAUGGUUAACACAAACUUUUGUCCAAGGUUCUACUUAUCAAAUUAUGUUAUAUGCAUGUUAAAUGUUAACAAAAAAAUCAAAUGUGUUGUGACGUUUGUUGUUGUGACCCUAAUUUUUAUUGUAUUCAUUUUAUCAGCAUGUGAGAAUAGCUUAUAACAUGCUUAAAUUGUUUUCUAUAUCAGUUUCAAUGCAUUCCAUUGAUGUCCAUUUUGAUUGACCAUUACUGACAGUGUUCGCUGCAGAAGAUACCUUGAAAUUCUACCUCUGUUGUUGGCUACAUAUCUUUACACUUUUAAUGUGUUUUAUUACAUUCAAAGUCUGCUGUGGUUUUGAGCCAUUCCAUUUUUUCAUUGCAGUUACAAAAUGUGUUGUAUUCAUUUUGUACAUCAAAGAUUUUAUUAGCUGCACUUACCAAAGGCCAGCGGGGCUUAUGUCAUGGUCCUGUGUUCGUCGUGCGUUUGUGCGUGCGUGCAUUAACUUUUCCUUUAAACAUCUUCUUCUCCUAAACUACUGGUCCAAUUCUGAUGAAAUUUCUCAGGAAUGUUCCUGGGGUGGACCUCUUUCAAAUUUGUUCAAAUUAUGCCCCUGGGGUCGAAUUUGACCCUGCCCCGGGGGUCACAAAAUUGAAAAUUUGCUUAUGUAAGGCCUAUUUUGUGAAAACUUUCAAAAUCUUCUGGUCCAUAACCAUUGGGCCUAGGGCUAUCAAAUUUGGUAUGUAGAGACAUCUCAUAGUCCUCUACCAAAUUUGUUCAAAUUAUGCCCCUGGGGUCAAAUUUGACCCUGCUCCAGGGGUCACAAAAUUGAACAUAUUGGGUCUAUUUUGUGAAAACUUUACAAAUCUACUCGUCCAUAACCAUUGGGCCUAGGGAUACCAAAUUUGGUAUGUAGUGGCAUCUUAUAAUCCUCUACCAAAUUUGUUCAAAUUUUGCCCCUGGGGUCAAGUUUGACCCUGCCCCGAGGGUCACAAAAUUGAACAUAUGCUUAUAUAAGGCCUUUUUGUGAAAACUUUAAAAAUCUUCUUGUCCAUAACUGUAUGGCAUAGGGCCCCUGGGGAUAAAUUUAAAUGCCCGGGGGGUCACAAAAUUGAAUAUAUGCUCAUAAAGUGCUUAUUUUGUGAAAACUUUAAAAAUCUGUCCAUAUCAAUUGGGCCUAGGGCUACCAAAUUUGGUAUGUAGUGACAUCUUAUAGUCCUCUACCAAGUUUGCUCAAAUUAUGCCCCUGGGGUCAAGUUUGACCCUGCCCCUAGGGUCACAAAAUUGAACAUAGCUUUUAUAAGGCCUAUUUUGUGAAAACUUAAAAAAUCUUUCUGUCCAUAACCAUCCGGCCUAGGGCUAUCAAAUUUGGUAUGUAGUGACAGCUAAUAGUCCUCUACCAAAUUUGUUCAUUUGUAUCCCUGGGGUCAAAUUAAACCCUGCCCCGGGGGUCACAAAAUUGAAUUGAAAUAUGCUUAUAAAAUGCCUUUUUUGUGAAAACUUAAAAAAAAAUCUUGUCCAUAACUAUUAGGCUUAGGGCUACACAAUUUGGUAUGUAGUGACAUUGUAUAGUCCUCUACUUAAUUUGUUCAAAUUAUGCCCCAGGGGUCAUAUAUGACCCUGCCCUGGGGGCCACAAAAUCGAUUAUAUGCUUAUAUAGUGCCUAUUUUAUGAAAACUUUAAAAAUCUUUUUGUCCUUAACCAUAAGGCACAGGGCUACCAAAUUAGGUAUGUAGUGACAUCUAAUAGUUCUCUACCAAGUUUGUUCAAAUUAUGCCCCUUGGGUCAAAUUUGACUCUGCCCGGGGGUCACAAAACUGAACAUACGCUUGUAUGGGGCCUAUUUUGUGAAAACUUUAAAAAUCUUUUUGUCCAUAACCAUUGGGCCUAGGGCUACCAAAUUUGGUAUGUAGUGACAUCUAAUAAACCUCUACCAAAUUUGUUCAAAUAAUGCCUCUGGGGUCAACUUUGACCCAGCCCCGGGGGGUUACAAAAUUGAAUAAAUGCUUAUAAAGCGCCUAUUUUGUGAAAUCUUUAAAAAUCUUCUUUUCGAAAACCAUUCGGACUAUGGCUACCAAAUUUGGUAUGCAGUAACAUCUUAUAGUCCUCUACCAAGUUUGUUCAAAUUAUGCCCUUUGGGUCAGAUUUGACCCUGACCUGCAGGUCACAAAAUUGAACAUUAUAUACGCUUAUAUCUUGCUUAUUUUGUGAAAACUUUUAAAACAUUCUUGUCCUUAACUCUAGGACCUAGGGCUACCACAUUUUGUAUGUAGUGAGAUAUAGUAGUCCUCUACAAAGUUUGCUCAAAUUAUGCACCUGGGGUUAAAUUUGACCCAGCGCAGGGCGUCACAAAAGUGUACAUGUGCUUAAAUAGGGCCUAUAUUUAAGUAUUUGCACAUGCCGAGAAUAUUUGUUUCAGCCUUUUUUUCUGCAGUGGAGCGAUACAGGGCCAUCAUGGCCCUCUUGUUUUGCAAUCCUUUAGAUUGUGCAAUUCUCUCUAUAAAUGAAAUGUUAGUUUUGUCUUCACAAAAGAACUUUAAUUAAAUGUGACAUACUGAUUUUUAAAUAUUGACAUUUUCUUAACUUCAUUAAUGCAUUGGGAAACUUCAGUGCUAAGUAGAGGUUAAAAUGGCAUCAAGAACCGAAUGUAUAGCACAUAAAACAGUGUCAAAAUAUGUCCAUCUUUGUAUCUUCAAUAAUCAAAAGCUUUUGUCCAGGAAUAUUUUUGUACACAAUUAUUUUGGAUUCCUUUUCAUGACCAAUUCAGAAAGUUUUGAAACCCCGAAAUAUUCUAUAUUGCACCAGGCAUUCAUUUCUUGUAUUCCAACCCAUUAAUAAUUUUUUUUUGAAAUACCGUUACAGUAAGUUUUCAUGUUACAUGGUUUACAAUCGGUAUUCUGUACAAUGUCUUUUUGUGGUCAAGAAGUUAUCUUUUAUCUAGUCUUCUCAUUGCAGCAUUGCAUACUUUACUCUUCAUACAAUGGUUCAUGAACAAUUCAAUCAUUUUUAAAGACAGACCAUCAACAGGGAACGGGGACACUAAUGUUUUUAGUUAUUAUUUUGUUUCCUCUUUUAACAAUAUUAGCUCACCUCAGCACUUAAUGCUCAUGAUGAGCUUCUGUGAUCGCCCUUUUCUGCCAUAUGUUGUUAACAUUUGAACACUCCAGCAGCAGCAUUUGUUUACUAAUCUCCUUGGUCAUAACAUUUGUAAAAAAUCUGUCACUAAGCCCAGUUGAAAAACACACACUAUUAGUCCAGAAGUUAUAUAUAUGGGUGCAAUAAUUCCUACAUUUGAGAAAUAAGAGUCCAAGUUUAACGCAAUUUUGUAAAUCCAUUUUAAUUUUAAGGUAUUUUUAUCAUGCCCAUUAAUUGAAUGGUAUCGGUUUCUUGUGUCUGCAUUCUUGGUAAAUUUUUAGCUCGACUAUUAUAUAUGAAAUAUAUAUAGUGGAGCUAUCCUACUCACCCCAGCGUCGGCGUUCCUGUUAGCGUGCAAAUGUUAAAGUUUGCGUACUACCCCAAAUAUUUCCUAUGUCCUUUGACAUAUUGCUUUUAUAUUUUGCACACUUCUUUACCAACAUGACCCCAAUCUAUAAACAAGAGCAGAAAACUGUAUCAAGCAUUUUGACAGAAAUAUUUCCCCUUUUAUACUUAGAAUAUGCAUAUUAUUGAUAAAUCUAUGUUAAAGUUUGCGUACCACCUCAAAUAUUGUCUGUCCUUUGACAUAUUGAUUUCAUAUUUUGCAUACUUCUUUACCAACAUGAUCCCAAUGUAUAAACAAGAGCAGACAACUGUAUCAGGCAUUUUGACAGAAUUAUGGCUCCUUUUAUACUUACAUAAUUGAAUAUUUUGCUUAAAUUGCCAUAACUUCUUUAUUUAUGAUCACAUUUGAUUCAUACUUUGACAAAACAACACUUACCUGACAUACCACAAUGCACUCCACCCAAAUCAUCCCCCAUGCUACACCCCAGAACCCCUCCCCCCCCCCCCCAAAAAAAAUAAAUAAAUAAAAUAAUAAUUUUGUUUCUUAUUUUUGAAAGAUCAUCUAUUAAAUGACCACACACCCACAUUAUACCCCCCCUCAAUUUGGGUAAAAAAAAUGGUAUUACCAAAAUUGUUAUCUCACCUUAGCCUUAAGUGCUUUGUUGAGCUAUUGAUAUUGGAGAGAUUUUCCAACCAAUGUUUGUCUACCAUUAGAGAUGGAUGCAAUAGAACACUGUUCAUGCAAUUUUUACCAAACUUAAGUGAACACCAGGAGGACAAACUUUAUUUUUUAUCUGAUGUUGACCUAAGAAAGUAUGUGAAUGUGUAGAUGUAUUAGCAUAUGAAAACAACUGUUUCAGAUUGCAACACAAACACCAGCAUUAUUCCUUUAUUUUAUCAAACUUUUACAAGUUUAAUUUUUGUGUAACCGAGAGGUCUUAGUUCAAGUUGAAUGCCGAGUCAGACCAUCAUUCCGGCCUGUCAUAACAUGUAUGCAGGUGAGCGCUGUGGACCAUUAUGACCCUCUUCUUUAACUUGUUAGUGACUGCAGAAACUUGUUUUGUUUUGAUUUUUGUAUGCAAUAAAACUUUUUGAAUUA